AUGGAAAGAUACUUUGCUUUAGCUGUUAAGCAAAUAUUAGAAAACUGUGAAGCAAACGUUCCCCGAGAUCACGAUCGUGUUUAUAAAGACGAAUGUCUUUAUUCAUUUGAUUCUCCAGAUUUUCAGGGUGGCCUUUUUAUUUGUUUAAAAACAUUUGCUGGGUUUGGGUAUGAUCAUGUUGAACGUCAUCACAGAAAAACUAGAUGUUCAGUGUUUUUACAUAUGCUUCGAUACAAAAUAGAGGUUGAAACCAAAAUGACACAGGUAGGCGAUGCUCCAACUAAACGGAAAGUUCCUAGACUUGCUAUUGGCGUAGAUGGUGGAUUUGAUCCAGAUGUUGAAAAUAAAAAGUAUAAAACAAUAGAAGAACAUUCUAUAGUUAUAUUACCAUCGUUUAGAUCCUUUCAAUUUAGAACUAGUGGAUUACCACAGAAAGUCAUUGAUUCUAUAAAAGGUAUUAUUGAAGCUAAAUCUGCUAAUUAUUUAGAUGAAAUACAAAGUAUGUCUAACACUUGGGAUGGUAAAGUUCGACAAAAAACUGGAUAUUCUGAUAUAGAACAGUUGAAUAACGGAAAAAUAAUUACUCCCAGUGGUUUGAAGUGUGAAUAUGAUGAUUGUGAUGAAGUCAAUAAUCUAUGGCUUAAUUUGACUGAUGGUUCAAUUUUUUGUGGUCAAAAGUUUUUCGAUAGAUCUUGGGGAUAUGGACAUGCUACUCUUCAUUAUGAAGAAACUAAAUAUCCUUUGGCUGUUAAACUUGGUACUAUUACAAAAGAUGGUAAAGGAGAUGUAUAUAGUUAUCCAGAAAAUGAUAUGGUAGAAAAUCCAAAUUUAGUCAAACAUCUCUCACAUUUUGGUAUCAAUAUUUCUGCUUUGGAAAAGACUGAAAAAUCAAAGGCAGAAUUAGCUUCAAACCAAAAGGUUGGUGAAUGGGCAACAUUACAAGAAAGUGGAAGUGAUUUAAAACCAAUUUUUGGUCCUGGUUACACAGGUAUUCACAAUUUGGGAAAUUCUUGUUACAUGAGUUGUAUCAUACAAGUUUUAUUUUCUAUUCCGGAUUUUACGAAUAAGUACUAUUUAGGCUCAAAAGAUAUAUUUGAAAUGUGCCAAACCAACCCCACUGAAAAUUUUGAUGUACAAAUGGCAAAAGUAGCCCAUGGUCUAUGUUCAGGAAAAUAUUCAACGCCUCCUACAGAAGUUGUUGAAGGAAAAAAUUAUUGGCAUCGUGGUAUUAGACCAAUUACUUUUAAAUCGUUGAUCGGCAAAGGACAUCCCGAGGCAUUAUAG